UUUAAUGCUGUUUUUGACAGCUGAGCUUAGUGGAACGACGAUCGCUUCUGCUGUGUUUUGGCGUUCACAUCAUGAGAAAACAACUAUACCACAUCUAAAAGCGUACUGCAGCACGCAACAAACAGUCAUGGAUUCUGCAUUUGAGAGGCACUGCUCGGAGCUGGUGGCCCGGGAGAGGAGUGGACACACGGCUGUGGUGGAGGAAACCCUGCUGUAUGUGUGGGGAGGUUACAUGUCAAUUGCUGACAAUGAAGUGUUCCUUCCCAAUGAUGAAAUCUGGGUGUAUGACUUAGAACGAGGUGUAUGGGAAGUGUUUCACAUGUCAGGGGAAGUCCCUCCCUCUAUGUCCGGGACCUGCGGCUGCUCUCUGAAUGGACACUUGUACAUAUUUGGAGGUUGUAAUGACAAUGGACAGACCAAUCAGAUCUAUUGUGUCAACCUGACAGACGGUAAAUACACGUGGAGGAAGAUCAUACAUGAGACCGGUUCUGCUCCUUCGCCUCGAGACAAACUGUCCUGCUGGGUUUACAAUGGAAAGAUCAUCUACUUUGGAGGAUAUGGUCACAAACUGCUGACUAAUGUCGAUAGCAGAAACAGAAGCUUCAUUGUAGAUGAAGCAUCAUGGGUGGAGGAUGUCCUCUGGGGAUGGAACAACGAGGUUCAUAUAUUUGACCCCAUGCAAGCCAGUUGGAGAGAACCACAAACCAAUGGCCGUGCUCCAGCCCCCAGGGCCGCCCACGCCAGUGCCACAAUGGGAUGUAGAGGAUACAUUUGUGGAGGCAGAGUCAUGGAAACCAGGAUGAGUGACAUUCACUGCCUAGACUUUCAGUCAUGGACGUGGUCAGAAAUAAUCCCAGUGUCCACCACUCCUGUGGGCAGAUCGUGGCAUACGCUCACAGCUGUAUCAGACGGCACCUUGUUCCUGUUUGGAGGUCUCAGUGUAGACUGCAAACCAAUGAGUGAUGGGUGGUUGCUUGAUGUUGAAACAAAGAAAUGGAGAGAAGUCGAGCAUCCCUUUAAGAAUAAGCCUAGGUUGUGGCACACAGCAUGUCCAGGCAAAGACUCUGAUGUGAUUGUGUUUGGUGGAAGUUGUGAUUACAUCCUCCUUGUUGACACCGGUCACUGCAAUGAUGCACUUGUUUUCCAAACACAGCCAUAUUCUCUAUUCAGGAUUUGUGAGGAUUACAUUGCAAAGAAUGCGAGAAACUAUGAGAUGCUAAGAAAUCAGCUUUCUCUCCUACCUCCCAAACUACUGACGGCAGUACAGAGGAGGAUGUCUUUCUACAGGCCUUCAAAGAAGCAAAAAUAUUAGUUCAAAGAAUGUCUUAAUUGCCAAAAACAAUGCAGUAUUGUACAAUUUCUUAAUUACGUACUGUUGUCCCUUCAGUGUGAACAUCUCAGUCACACUGUGCAGUAGUGUUUUUAUUUUUUAAAUAUAUUGUGCAAAAUAAUUUAAGGUGUUGUAUUUUAUUGUUUUAGGGAUGCACAUUUUAUUUUGUACAGUCUGCUUGCUAAAACACACAAACUGUUCUGUGAUGAUUAAAUGGCCAUCAAACUGUU